AUGUCAUCGUCACCAUCCCCACCAUCAUCUUUAGGAGGAGGAGAAGGACCUUCUUCUUCUAGGAGAGGUAGACGUGCUGGAAAUGAUGUUUGGCCUGAGCCAUUUGUGGAGGAUUUGGCUUUGUUAGUUGGUACUGAUGCUUCACAUACUGUUGGCCGUUUGGCUGCUGCUCAAGCCCUAGCUCUUAUUUUUCAGGUUUGUUCAACAUGGCAAGCAGUGUCACACUCAGAUAUGCUCUGGCAAAACCUAACAAGGCGUAUAUGGAACCGCCACGAGCUUCUCAGGCAAACAUGGAGGGAGGAGUACAUAUAUUGGCAUCAAACAGCCAAUAAUUUCCUUCACCAUAGAUACACUUAUAACACCCUCCAUUUCGUGCCUGAAAACAAUGUGGAUGGUGAUGAUGACGAUGAUGACAACAACAACAAUAACAACAACAACGACAGUCUCUUCUGUCGUCGUUUAGCCUUGUCUGAUCAUCAUCUAGCAGCCGGUUUUUCUAACGGCUCAGUUCAAUUAUUUUUCCUACCUAGGAGGCUACAUUUGUCAACAUACCACCCUCAUCAUCGCGAUCGUCUAGGCCGAUUCUCUAGGGCUGUUUCUGGGAUUAUUUUAUCUGAUGUUCAACUUGUGUUUGCUUCUCUAGAUGGUGAUAUUCAUGUUGUGGUCAUUGGUGAUGCUGCACCACCUAGAAGGGCUCAUUUAGGUGAUGUAGUGAAUGAUGGUGCUUUGGUGGAUUUUACUGGCUCUGACCAAUGGUGGGUUGGACUCUAUGCAGGUGUUCCAGGGAGGGCAUUUCACAUAUGGAAUAGGGAGACAGAAGAACUAGUCUUUGUUGGUGGUGAAUUAACAGAUCCAGAAGCGUUAAUGGGUUGGCACCUACUAACCGAAUUAACCGAAAUCGUCGGUCGAAUCCGAGUAACAACCCGAGAGACAGCCGUGGCAUGUACAAGCCUUCAGCUCAUGGUAAUUGACUUACAAAACCAAGGCAUAAUAAUAAGAGCACAACCUUCCCGAAGAGGGAUCAUCGUUGCAUCAUUCGAUGCCUAUAACGAGACACUAGUGGCUGUUGACACUCGAGGCAUGGCCAGCAUGCGUAGUGCGGAUAAUUUGGAGGAAAGAUCAAGGUUUAAUGUUAGAGGUGCUAACCAAAGAGGAGUUGUUGGAUGCAUAAAUGGAGGAUAUGGAUUUAUGUGGCUAGGGAAUGUUGUUAGGGUAUGGGAUAUUGAAAAUGGAAACUAUCUAUAUAGUUUUGGGGAGAGAAUAAGUGAUGUUAAUGCUAUAAUUGCUGAUGAAAGAUAUGUGGUAGCUUGUUCAAGUGAUGCUACUAUACAUUUGUGGGACUUUGGUGCUCAAUAG